UGUUUUGGUGGCGUGAUGUUCAUUCACAACAUUAUUGCGUUUAAAGUCCACGUUGUUAUUUUUACUGCCACCGAGCUUUUUAUUUUGAUAUGUUUAAGACGAGAUAUCCUUGAUAACAACUCAUGUCACCAAACAACCUGUUAGAAAAGUUAUUUAAAAACAAACACACAACUAAAUUGAGUAAAAGAGAAAACGUUCAUCACUCCGUGCCUUUGAAACGAGACUAUUUUCUUUCCACCAUCGGAAUGAUCUCAAGUGACAGAUGAGGAGAAGGGUUCUGGAAAAACUAGAUUUAACUUUGCUCACCAAGUCUUCACUUAUUCACUUCACUUUUGUGAACUUUUAGAUCACUGUUUAAUAUAUUUAUACUUAUUCAUAUUAAUUUGAAAAAUAAUCAAUUCUGCUGUUAGCUGGGCUGUUAGCCGUGCAGCUAGCAGCACUGAUGACGAGAUAAAAAUGGCGGAUCUUUCGAAAUCCAAGCCCGGCCUGAAAUAGUAACGCAGCCAAGUAAAUAGCUCGCUUUCGCUCUCUUCCUUUGCCCACGGACUAGGGCCUCCUUCCCGAGGUGGUUUUCAUGUCCCUCCACACAUACAAAGUGUGCCGGGGUGCCGAGUCAUCGCCAACAUGGACGUGGUGUCGCCCGAGCUCAACAGCCUCCUUCCAGAUGAAAUCAUGGACAUGGAGGCCAUUGAGGAGGUGGCUCACUCCAGCCAGGACGCGUCCGUCGCCAUGGAAACGGAUGCGUCCCCGGAGAGCGUUGUCACAUCGACGGAGCACGUCGUCACAUCGACGGAAUACAUCGUAUCGGCGUCGAGUUUGUCCUCCCCGCUGGUGACGCUGAGACCGGCGCUGGCCACCUCCACUGCCGCCACCAGGACCACGGACAGCAUCGCGGGGACGACGGUCACCACCAGCGCCUUGCAGAAGCUCACGGUGCCCCUCAGCAUCUCCGCCGCCAACCAUCAGAUCAUCCUCAACAAGGUGGCUUCGGCCCAGGCCACUGAGGCGGGGCGUUCGGUGGGGGGUCAAAAGCUUCUGGUGACCACCAUCGGGAAGACGGGACAGCCCAUCGUGCUGCAGCUGCCCCACGCCGCCACCAAGGCAGGAGGAGCGGCGGGCGACGCAAAGUCCAUCAAGUUGGUGGCCAUCGGCGGGAGGUCGGAUUUGAAGCCAGCGGUUGGGAGCGCAGUCGGCUUACAAGGGCAGCAGCUCAAAACCUUGCAGAUUGCAAAGAAAACGCCGGCGUCCUCCGCUCAGCCGAUCAAGUACAUCAUCAACAAGCCGGUGAACAGCAAAGUGCUGAGUCCGCAGACAUCGGGCUCUCCCGUCAUUGCGGGACGUGUCCUGGCGCAGAAUUCGCCGACGAUGCCUCAGAGGACGAUCACUCUUACAGAGUCCCCGCACAACACCACCAUCAGCAUCCAGAGCAUCGCCGGCAAAAAGAUCGCCAUCUCCCCCCUCAAGACUCCUAGCAAGGUGACGGUGGUGUCUGUGGCGUCGCCGACCUCCGGGGGGACUCAGAAGUCGAUGACGCUGCCGGUCAGCGUGGCGCUAGGCCAGCAGAUUCUCUCCAUGCAACAAUCGACCACGGUGUCGCCCGUCAAGGUGGCCGCCAGCCAGGCGGCGGCGCAGAAUAUCAAAUCGGUGGCGGUGGGCGGCUCCCAAUUCAAGACCAUCAUCCCGCUGGCGGCUCAGCCCAACAUGCAGCAGAUCCAGGUGCCGGGAAGCCGCUUCCAUUACGUGCGCCUGGUCACGGCCACCACGGCGAGCGGCGCCGUGCAGCCCAGCGCUCUCAGCACCAGCACCAUGCAGACAGCUAAACCCAUGGUGGUCAGCACGGGGGCGGUGAGGAUGUCGGUCCCGAUCGUUACGGCGCAGACGGUCAAGCAGGUGGCGCCCAAACCUCUAACGUCGGGAGCCCAAGUGAUGGGCGGCACAGCCACCCAGCAGCGCCUCAUCAUGCCCGCCACCGCGCUGCCGCAGCUCCAGCCCAACUUCGCCAACCUGCCGCCGGGCACCGUCCUGGCGCCGGCCCCGGGCGGCGGCAACGUGGGCUACGCCGUGUUGCCGGCGCAAUACGUCACGCAGCUGCAGCAAGCGCCCAUCGUGACCCUCGCCAAUAACUCCACUUUUCAAACCUCCGCCGCCACCAUCCAGACUCAGGCCCGGCUCCCGCUCAAUGGCAUGUCGGCCGAGGCGGCGUCGCGGCCGAGGAAACCAUGCAACUGCACCAAGUCUCAGUGUCUCAAGCUAUAUUGCGACUGCUUCGCCAACGGCGAGUUCUGCAACAACUGCAACUGCAACAACUGCUUCAACAACCUGGAGCACGAGGCCGAACGCUCCAAGGCCAUCAAGACGUGUUUAGACCGCAACCCGGAGGCCUUCAAGCCAAAGAUCGGCAAGGGCAAAGAGGGCGAGUCGGACCGGCGCCACAGUAAAGGCUGCAACUGCAAACGGUCGGGUUGCCUGAAGAAUUACUGCGAGUGCUACGAGGCCAAGAUCAUGUGCUCGUCCAUCUGCAAGUGCGUCGGCUGCAAGAACUUCGAGGAGAGCCCCGAGAGGAAGACGCUCAUGCACCUAGCCGACGCCGCCGAGGUGAGGGUCCAGCAGCAGACGGCUGCCAAGACCAAGCUCUCCUCGCAGAUCUCGGACCUGCUCAAGAGGACCACGCCCGUCAUCUCAAGCGGCGGUGGCAGACUCCCAUACACGUUCGUUACAAAGGAAGUGCUGGAGGCGACGUGCGAGUGCCUCCUGGAGCAGGCCAAGCGGGCAGAGCAGGCGCGGCAGCCUCAGGCGGAGGCAGAGCGCUUGAUUCUGGAGGAGUUCGGACACUGUCUCAUGAGGAUCAUCAACUCGGCGGGCAAAGCCAAAACAGACUGCGCCGGCAUCAACAGCUAGGCCGGCUCCGAACGGACACACAUGGAGCAUCAGAGACGCUCGUUUUUGCGCAAAAGUAGCGCUCCGCUUCCAGCUUUUAUUCUCCCCUUUUUAUACUCUUUUGCUGUCCUCUUUCCUAUCUGAUGUUUUAUGGUGAAAAUAUGGUGUCUAAUGCUAUAUUUGUGCUCCCACUAGAUAAAACGCAACACAUUUUUGAUAUUUAUUUUGACAAGUAUUUGUAAUUAGUCCGUGCUAAUCUUAUGUUGCUUACACUGUUCAUUAAUAUUAUUGUUAUCAUUAUUAAUAAUAACCAUCUUAUUCGGAAUCUGCGCACUUAACGGAAUGACUCUGAAACUGGCCAAACAUUUGCCAUCCUCCUGCUAAAGAAAAAGAAGAGUAUUUGGCGGAUACACAACGGAAGAAGCACAGAAAUCAACAAAACAUCCAAAUCCGGCGGUGAGUAUGAUUGGUUGACAGUGUGCUGUGCCUUUUUACAUGUUGGUGGAACACAGUCCAACAGUUUUUAAUCGCUUCAAAACCACCCGAGUCGAUUUUUGAUUCAUGCGCUUAUUCAUCUCCUGUCAAUCAAAAACACUAUUGUAAAGAACGUAUUCGGCAUUACAGCAACCUUGUGCAAAACUGUGUACAUUAGCUAAAUUGUACAAAAUAAAACAAAUAUUUAGCUAUUGAUUGAAUUCAAAACACAAAAACGUGAUUUUUUCCCCCUGUUGUGCUUACUAUAUCCGUCCAGUAGGUGGCGCGGUUUAACAUCCCAAAACGCGACUCGAUUAAAAGUAGUUUUUUUAGUGUUUGUUUUAGUCGCUCGAGGGCUCGAAAUUGUGUUUUAUAUGUAAACUGAAUGAUAAAAAUUAUUUGACGAAGUUUUAAAAGCGGAGUACAGUGCAUAGAGGUUUAGCAUUGCGUUGGGGACUUUUUUUAAUAACCGUCGAAGAAGAAAAGGCGGAAGUGGAGUCCUCCUUUCGAAGCAUGGCGUGGUGGACGCACAGCAGGUAGAAAAAAUAAAGUUUUAUUCACGUUAUUGUCAAGUAAGUGUGUAUUGAGUGUUGGAGACCAACUGAACUUCUCUUGGCGUGGCGUGUGGUUCUUGUUUGUAUUAAAAGCAUAUCGGUUUCGACUGUUUUUCAGUUGAAAGGCUCAGAACAAAGCGGACCAGAAAAGUAAGUAUUUUUAAUUUCAUGUUAAUUAUUGUGACUUCAUAGCCAUCCCAAUGAUUAUACCAAUCACUACCCAUCUGACCCAUUCGCAAGUCUGGGAAUGAUUAUACACGACAAAACGAUGAGGGUUUAGGUCAUUUAACUGAAAGUACUUGAACAUAUGUAAAUUCGCCAUUUUUAAUCGCUUGGUUUCUUUUGUGUGUGUUUUUACAGAGUUGUCCUAAAGUGGCUGUGGAAGACUGUUUUGUUAACCUAUUAAUAAACGUGUGCACUCUA